AUGGAUAGUGAGAAGAAAACAGGAAGUGCCCAAAACAAUGAAAAUAAUGGUACCAAGCUAGAUGGUGUCAAAGCAGCUGACCAAGAGAGUGACUCUCAUGCUCUGCAGCCUGACACCAAGCAAAAAGAACCGGGACAGCCUGGUGUUAGUGCAGAGGGUGCUAAAGUCUCUGGAAAAGAAGAAGCCAAAAAGGUUGCUGCAGGCUCCCAUCUCCAAGUUUCUCAUAAAGAUAGUCCUAAAUAUGGGGACGACCGUGAACAGGAUUUUGAUGAAGAAGAAAGCAAUAAAAAUUGGAGUGAAUAUCGGGUUUCCGGUAAAGCUCCUACUAGAAGAGGAUACCAUGCCUCAUUCAUACAUGAUAACUAUUUAUAUGUGCAUGGAGGUCAUGACAUUAGAGAGGGAACCCUAGAUACCAUGCACAGGAUUCAUUUAGAGCCAAGUAGUAAUGACAACGAGUGGGAACAGAUCAGCCAAAGGGGCAUGCAGAAGCCUGGCUGUAUCUCCUACCAUACUCUGACCAGACAUGGCGAUCAGGCCUUCCUCUUUGGAGGAUCUGAUCUUGGCAUCGAUAAUUCCAAAAUGUUCUCUUUUGAUAUCGAGAAUUGUGAAUGGAAGGUCAUAAGCGACCUUAGCAAUGAAACAGGUGAUCAACCCAUCACGAGAGAUGAGCAUUCUGCUGUUCUUUGGAAUGAUACUAUUGUCAUCUUCGGAGGAAAUGUGAAGGGAUUCAAAUCAAACGACGUGUGGUUCUACCAUGUUAAUGAAAAUAAGUGGGAAGAAGUAAAGGCAGAUAAUUCCCCUCCAGAACGCUCGAAUCAUGCUUAUACAAUUUCAGGAGAUAAAAUGUAUAUCUUCGGAGGAAAAGAUAUCGAAAAUAAUAAACUCAAGGACCUUUGGUGCUUCGACUGAAACUCUAAAUCAUGGACUGAAGUAGAUGCUAAAGGAGAUGAUCUUCCAAUUUGUAGAUCUGGAGCUUCCCUGGUUAGCUAUAAAAAUUAUCUUCUGUUAUUCGGAGGAAUCUUUGAACUCACGAAGGAACUGGGAGACCUCUACGCAUUUGACACAAAUGGAUCAAAAUGGUUCACAAUAUUUGAAGAGACUGAUAGUCCUGUGCACAAGCAUAGCCCAGGUUCAACCUUUGGAAUGGGUAGAUUUAAUAGGGCAGACUCUAUCAAGAGUCCUUCUCCAGUCAACAGUUCAUUUAAGAAGAGUGAUCCAAACUUCUCUAUGUCUCUGAAGAAGACUAAAUAAGAGCAAAAAGAACCUGAAUCAUAGCAUUUUUGAAGUAGAUAGCUCGAUGCUCAAAAAGCAGAAGCAGAUGAAAGCCUUGAUCAAGAAGCGUGAGAAAGAGAAGAAUCCAAUGGAGCAUAGCAUGCUGACAUCUCCGACUUCAUUAUCUAUGAAGAACUCAUUUUUGAUCAAUAAUACCGGCAAAGGAUUCGAGAAUUAUUUUAAUCAUCAAAAGAAGAAGAAGUUAGGCCUGACUCUAUCUCCAGAUGUGUCUCAGAUUUCUCCAUCUAAGGUUGCUCGUAACUCAAAAGUGACUGGGUUAAGGCCCAGACCAAGAGACGGACACACAGCAAUGUUCUGGAACGACAACAUGGUCAUCUUCGGAGGGGAUAGACACCACAUGCCAUUUAACGAUCUGUUCUCGCUAGAUCUAGCUAAAGAAAUGAACUAA